UGACCGUAAGGACUGUGGACUGAGAACGCUCAGACUUCUGAGGAGCAAUUUCCUAGUCAUUUCCCUAUAGUCAACGCAUUGACCUGAACCUUGUUGAGGCCUCCCCCCCACCUCCCUCAAAGUGCCGGUUUCCCUCAGCUCAUCGCCCAACAGAGAGCUUGUUAGAAAUCUUUCCGUUGGUGAUCGGCCCAUCUCUGGGACAUCUUGGAGGUCAAUUUGCCCUUCCUCCGCGGAAAUUUUGUGUACAUGUUUCUUUCCAACCAGUUUCCAUAGAUGUCCAUGUGGAACUUGAACUUAGCUAGAAGUACAGCAAUUCCAAGAUAUUGCAACUGAACCAACCCUCACCAUCGAAAAGGGCAAGUUCAGUACUGCAUUCAGCCUGCUGGUGCGGGUACUAAUGUCUUUCCACAUCCGAAAUUCCUGCAUAUUCAGUUGUCUCGACGUUUAUCUAUAAAAACUAUAACCUUCAAUGUUUGGAGGCUUGUCGACAUUGUCGCUCACGUAGUGUGUUCAGAUAUCAUCAGUCAAAGAGCGCAUGUUGAAGGUGAGGAAAGGUCUACCCAGUCACUGAUGGAUGGGAAUGGAACAGGGAUGAGAGGGGACUAAUAGCAGUGGAGUCAUUUUUCAUAAUUUGAUUCAUCCAUUUCUCUGGGGAAUGCAGCUCCAGAAUAACUUGGAACUUUUUAGUCAAUCAGUUCUGAGAUCAUGGAGAUUGGAAUAACCCUUUUUUUGAAGAUAUUUCUCUGUCUUUGGGUUUAAGAGAAGUUAGCAAAGCUUUUCCCUCAUUGCAGCUCUGCUACUGCCAGUCUUCAUUCAUCAGCAGUAGACUGGUGAAGUUGCCUGAGGGUCAGUAGCUGGCAUGGGUAAGCAAAGGGACAAGUUUUGGGAUCAUGCUGAAGUCAUGCCAAAUGAAGAUAAAGCCAAGGAUCGUUGGAAGUGUAAGUUCUGCCGCAAACUAUUUUCUGGGGGAGCUUCCAGGAUAAAGGCGCAUUUGGGUAAGGUUGAAGGCAAAGGAAUUCAAGUUUGUGAAAGUGAAGUUGAUGAAGCUACGAUGAAAGAAGCUAACGAGGCUCUUGAGAAGAUUACGAAGAGAAGAAAGGUGGACGCUGGAACCGAUUCAACUCAAGUCAACCCACAGCAGGUGGCGGCAGAUUUGCGGAUUACUCUGCCAUCUCCUGGUCAAAGCAACCCCAAUGCACUGGCACCACUGCAGCAGUGUCCCGACCCAAUCCACCUGAUGGGCCUGCCUCUGCUAUUUGCGUCGAGGGACAAUCUAGACAACAUCUCUAAUUCGGACAACAUUUUCGGGGAUUCUAGUGCAAACAUAUUACGAGAAGUCUGCGAUGGAGCAGAGAUGGAAGAUCCAUCAAAUGCUCAUGUGUACAAAAAUGAAAGAAGUAGCUUACCAUGUUCAAGCUUUGUCACAGAAGCAGCUGACCGAUCGGGUUGGCCUGAACACAGCACUCCCCAAGUAGAAGACCUGCCACCUUUGCAAGAGGAUCUGUGUAGUUCGUAUGUACAUGAGCUGCAGGUUGAAAAUGCAAAUGCACUCUCACUCGAGAUCCAAUCAGCGCAACCAGAUGGACAUGUUCUGCUACCUGAGAAUGUUCAGCCAUCUCUUCUUCAAAGCACACGUAAUGUACCACCGCGGGUGAUACUAGAGGUUAAUUCCUGUGGAGACAACCCAGUGCAAGGUGAGCCCGAUCUGGUAGUUGAAGACCAUGAAGCUAAUAGCAUUAUGCUCGAGCAAACCAAUCAUUUUGAUCCGAUGCGGAUUGAUACAGAUCCCAACAAUGAAGGCAAUGGGGAUAGUGCUUCAGAUUUACCUUCUUCUGCGUUGAACUCGUUUGCAAGGGAAACAACACAGUGUGAGAUGUUAGCACCCAAAUUAGUGGGUCAAGAACGGAUUGUGGAUGAGGUAUGGGAUUACUUAAUGACAAAUGAUACAUUAUGCAUCGGAGUCUAUGGGAUGGGGGGAGUGGGGAAAACCACAACCAUGAAGCACCUCUAUAAUAAAUUGCAUGAUAGUGCUGCCUUUGAGAAUGUAUUCUGGGUCACGGUGUCAAAAGAUUGCAGUAUCCACGAGCUUCAAAAUAAGAUUGCCAGCGCCCUCAUUGUUCCUGACCUUUUCAAGAAUGUUGACGAAGGGAUGAGGCCAACAGUGUUGUUCAACCAUUUGAGCAAGAAAAAGAAGUGUUUAGUUAUUUUAGAUGAUAUGUGGCGGCAUUUUGAGCUUGUAGACGUUGGAAUUCCAGUCAAAAGAGAUGGUGUUCGGCUAGUCCUAACAACACGAUAUCGUGAUGUUUGCGAAAAGAUGUUGUGUCAAGCGAAAAUUGGAGUUCGACCUCUAUCUAAUGAAGCAGCAUGGGCAUUGUUUGUAGAGACACUUGGUUCUGAUCUACCUCACAAUCGGAAGAUUAUUGCUGAGGAUAUUGUUAAGGAGUGCAAAGGCUUGCCGUUAGCUGUUGUUGUCAUGGCAGGAAGCAUGAGGGGAGAGGUCGAGGAUCAUGUAUGGGAAGCCACGCUGGAAAAUUUGAAACGACCAGGAGUUCUGCAACAGAGCAUGAAAGAGAGUGUUUUUCCAAUUCUGGUGCACAGUUACAACCGCUUGGAUGAGAAGAAGCAGCUAUGUUUUUCAUUGUGUGCUCUAUAUCCCGAAGAUUGGUCAAUCCCUAGACAAGAACUGAUAGAACUUUGUAUUGAUCAGGGGGUGAUUCGGGAAGAUAGGAGGCGGAAGAUGUAUAACGAAGGGCACAGAUUAUUAGAUGAACUUGAAAAGGCGUGCCUCUUAGAGGCAUAUAGUGCAGGCGGUAGAGGAGUUAGGAUGCAUGAUGUGAUUCGGGAUAUGGCACUGCACAUCAUGAAUGCGAACAACGCCCCAUGCAUGGUGAAAUCUGGCUUGGGUUUGGAAGAUAUGCCGGAUGAUGAGGAAUGGUUGCCUAAUCUUCAGAUGGUCUCCUUGAUGAGGAAUGACAUAACAGUAGUUCCACCCUCCAUAUCACCAAAAUGUCCUCAACUUGCAACUCUGUUGUUGAGUGACUGUAGAUUGCGUAAAAUCUCAAAACGUUUCUUUCUACGGAUGCAGGGGUUGAAGGUUAUUGACUUGAGAAGUACUAGCAUCACAGAAAUGCCAGAGUCUGUUAUGAACUUGAAAAACUUGAACGCACUAGUACUCAGCAGGUGCUCUGAAUUAUCGCAUAUUCCAUCCUUGGCGAAGUUGACAUCGUUAAGGAAGUUGGACCUCAUGAAGUGUAGAAAGAUAAAAGAAGUACCAGAUGGUUUGGGGAUGUUGGUUAAUCUUACAUAUCUCAGCUUAAGAAAGACGAGCAUUGAAAGGAUUCCAGAUGGAGUAGUCUGUAAGUUAAAGAAGCUACAACACCUUGAAGCGGAUAAUAUUGCAGUGAAGGGAGAAGAAGUUGGAAAAUUAAGGAAGUUGGAGGCCCUCCGAUGUCGUUUUAAAAACGUGAAUGAGCUGAAUGAGUAUACACUGCGAUCGACAACUAUAGAGUCAUACAGUCUUGCCAUAGGAGCUCGUACAAAUCUCGACUAUUGGCAUGGUGAAUUUGCAUAUGGUGAUGUUGAUUUAAAUUUUUACAAAGUUAUUAUUAUGGAUGAAGGAGAGUAUAAGAUAGGAGAAACUUGUCAUCUCCCAAGAGACGUGAAGCUAUUGUGGAUUCGAGGCUAUGGCGGGACGUGGAAUAUAUCCAAUUUUAUGGGACUUGAAGAACUGGAGGAGCUACGGAUUACCGGGUGCGAUGAGGUGUCAGCACUGGGUGGGAAUGGGGGAAAGCCAGAAGAGCCAGAAGGACAGCUGGAGGAACGAACUUCUCCACCACCACCAGGAGACCACUGCCCCAAUCUCAAGGUGCUACAGAUCUCUAGAUGUCCAAAAUUGAAGCAUCUGUUGGUGCCCAGAUAUAACUCCAAUCUGUACCUUAAGAAACUAGAAAAGCUCGAGAUAUACCACUGCGCGGAGCUAGAGAGUAUAAUAGGAGCAACAGACGAGGAAGAAUCACUGACAUCAUCAACAUCACCACUGCCACCCGACGCUUUCUCCCAACUCCAAUCAAUUAAAAUUGACAAUUGUCCAAAGAUGACGUAUAUGGUGGGGCCAAAAUCGCUUCCUGUUCUUAGGGAAAUAAAAUUACUUGGAUGUCAUAAGAUGAAGAGGGUGUUAACCCUUGAGUUAUUCAUGCUCCUCCCCAACCUUCAGACUAUCACUGUUCAUAAUUGCAAAGAGAUGAAGGAGGUUAUAGGCGGCCAAGAAUUAGACCAUAGAGCCACCAGUAGCUUGUUCUUGUCCCCCAUUCCAGCAUCAUCUCAUGGUGAUCAAUUAAGUACAAGAAAGCUGUCCUUAUAUUUGUCCCUUCUCCCGGAGCUGAAGAGCAUAUGCAGUUGGACUGGACUUCGGGAUUUCAUACAUGUCAUUAAGAUACAUAUAUGUCCAAAGCUGAAGAGGAUUGAAAUGCUAGAUGAUGCUUCACCUCCCCCUUCUCUUGAGCAGAUAGUAAUAACAGAAGUGGAUAGAAAUAGAGGAAAACAAUGGUUGGAAUCUCUUGAGUGGGUCCACCCUGAGGCCAAGACUACCCUUGAACCUUAUGUGUUUGUGUUAAAUUCUUGCUCAAACGUUACCUACCCAUUUAGUCGGUACACUGAGAAAUUCCUUUUACAAGAAUGCCGGUCGUAGUCGACAGCGGGAUUGGGGAGGGAGUGAUGGGCCCAAACUGUGCUCAGAGGAAGUAAUGACACACGUCAAGGGAGGUGGAUUCAUUCAAGGGGGAACAAUGAGUAGCAUUGGAUUGCACCAUCAAAUUCCCUAUUAAGCUUACUGCUGCUGUGGGAGAUUGCAGGAUUGUGGAUAGCUUAAAAGACGGGGAAGUCGGAGACAGUGAACUCCUGCUUCUGCGAUUGUUGCUAAGAAGAUUUAGAAACGUUUGCUCUUUCAAUUAUCAGCAUAUUCAGCGUGUUGUUCUAUGAAGAACUUCUAUAAUAUGUGUGUGUCUGCCUGCUCGGCUAGGUAUUCUUCAGAUACGAGAAAUCAACUAUCGGUGAGUGUCAAAUGUGUCAUCUGUGGAUGUGGUGAACUUUGCUGAAUCAAUUUAUUGUUCUUAUAGUUCUCCUGUGUUUACGGAAUGUAAUUUCACCG